GUUACAGAAAGCCCCAAUUCCAACCAUGGUUACCUACCCGCCGCUACUUUGAUUUCACCAUAGUAAACAAGCUUUGUUUAAUCAGUGAUGACUCCUACUACUAUUACCAAUAAACAAUUCAGUUCAAAUCUCUCUUUUUGUUGUUUUCUCUCUCUAGCUAGAUACCAACAAACGGGAAUACUAGUACAGACAAAUUAAUUUCUCUUGUUAGUAGUAGUAGAAAGCAAGAAAUCAGUGUUUGAAGCAGCCGUCGUGUUUGAUGAACAUGGGGAGCUUCACCGGAGUUGGUCGCUGCUGCUGAGUUGAACCGGCGUUCCCUUUUUUUGUUUCGUUCGAGAGAGGAGUUUGUUUAUUUUUCUUUGGGAUUUUCGAGGGACUUUAAGUUUUUGUUAGAUUUUGCUACGAAAUCAUCCUUCUUUUUGAGGAAGAGAGACGAUUUCCGAGAUAUUUAUAUUAUAUAUAUAUGUAUAUUUUAGCUUUUUAGCUUCUGGGCUCAAACUUCUUUGCUUUCUUACAAAAGAGUUGUUGGUAGAAUGGUCCGUCUUUUUCAGCUGAGUUGAAGUUUUAUGGUAUUUGAUGUAGUUAUGGGAAUAGCUUCAGCUUUUUUGCUGCAUUGAUUUUGAGUUGAAGUUAUAAAGUCUUGAGCAUGCAAGAAACCAUGGUGGAAAUUGAGAAUUCCUCACCGUUAUCAGUGUCGCCGGCUUCUGGAGAAGCCCAUAUUCUCACAGUUGAUAAUCAAAUAAAAGCUGAUCAAUCAGCAGAAACAAUCCUGCAGCCCACCAAGAAAAAACGAAGUCUUCCCGGAAUGCCUGAUCCGGACGCAGAAGUGAUUGCGUUAUCACCCAAAACAUUACUCGCUACAAACAGAUUUGUAUGUGAGAUCUGCAACAAAGGCUUCCAACGGGACCAGAACCUACAGCUUCACCGGCGGGGCCACAACCUGCCGUGGAAACUCCGGCAGAGAACCAGUAAAGAUAUAAGAAAGCGGGUUUAUGUCUGCCCGGAGCCCACUUGCGUUCAUCAUGAUCCCUCGAGAGCCCUCGGUGAUCUCACCGGAAUCAAGAAACAUUUCUGCCGGAAACAUGGCGAGAAGAAGUAUAAGUGCGAGCGGUGCUCCAAGAAAUACGCAGUUCAGUCCGACUGGAAAGCCCACAUGAAAACUUGCGGAACUCGCGAGUAUCGUUGUGAUUGUGGGACUUUGUUUUCCAGGAGGGAUAGUUUUAUAACGCAUAGAGCGUUCUGCGAUGCGUUGGCUCAGGAGAGUGCGAGGUCUCAGCCUUCGGUGCUGCCGACUUCAGGCGGAGAUAUGAAGGUUAAGUUGGUUGAGCCUCCGCCACCUGCGGCUUCCAGUCCGCCGCCGCCGCCGCUUACUCCGUCGACCGGUGUGUUGUCUCCGGUUUUGUCCAUUCGAAGUUCUGCAGCAGAAUUGCCGGAAAAUCACUCUGCCAACUUUCCACCACCACCACCAGGACCAGCAGCUUUAACAAGUUCCAUUGCCACCACCAUCACCACUACUACUCCAGCUAUAGCCACGGCCACAGCCACAGUCACCACCAGCAGCUGUUCCACCUCCGGCAGCAAUGUCCCCGGCAACGGGACAGUUUUUGCCCAUACAUUCAGCUCAUCAGCUUCGGGACUUGGUCAAUCAUCACAGGAACCAGCAUCUUACUCCAGCAUACUCUGUGCAAUGGCUGGAUCACACCAGCCCGCCGUUGACCCAAUGUCACUCUCAUUGUCUUCACCUUUCCACAGCCCAUCGCCUCUAUUCUCAGCCACGUCUCAAAGUCCUCAACCGCACUAUGUGUCGAGGCCGCAGCCAGCACUAUCCGCAACCGCAUUGCUGCAGAAAGCGGCUCAGAUGGGUGCAACAUCAUCCAAUCCUUCAUUCCUCCGUGGCCUCGGGUUGGCUCUGCCGUCUCCAUCCGACCCACAAGAGAAUACUUCAACCAUGGCUUCUACCUCGUCAACCACCCCAACACAUUGGAGCAGCAGUGUGAAGCUUGAAAACAACUCGCUCGCAUCCGGGCUCGGCCUCGGGCUUCCAUCUAGCGGAUCUUCAAGUUUGAAUGAACUGAUGAUGACCCCAUCAACUCUAUUCGGCAACAAGCCCGCGACCCUCGAUUUUCUCGGGCUAGGAAUGGGAGCAGGUGAAGCCUCACCGGGGGGUUUCUCUGCCUUCUUGAGCUCAAUUGGUGGUCGUCUCAACAUGGCAACAACUGCUUCGUUCCCCGGUGUGAGACCGGCCGGAGAGACAUGGAACGACUCGCCCGAGCGAAAGCCUUCCAUGCUAUAGUUGGUCACUUAAGUCGACGUCAUCUCGGUUUCCGGGUGUGCUGCUACCGGAAUUGAUGCUCAGAUUUCACAGGUGAAGUCACUCUUCCCCACUUUGAAUUUGAGUUGGGGAGUUGUGUAUAAGAAGUCUCUUUGAUUUUACUGUAUGCUUUUUUACUUCACAGUUAGUAUGUAAAAAUGCAACUGCGCUUCAAGUGUAUUAUACCUCAACAGAUUACUUGAAGUGAAAAUCCAAUUUUCAAACA